AACCUUUCAAAUAUCCAUUCAUCACCGGCAAUCCAACACAAAGAAGGUCUUCUUUCCGUCUGUAGAAACCAUAAGCAACUGAUUUUAACCAAACCUAGGACCGUUUUGACGUCAUCAGGGAAACUCUUUACAUAUUCAGUUAUUAAUGGAUUAUUAAUUGACAUAUGGAAAUAUAUAGGUUACAUAAAGAUUAAUUGCAUUUUUGUCUGGGACGAGCACCAAAGAAAAGACUUAACCUUAACUUACUAAAAUUGGCAACUCAUCUUGUCUGAUAAAUUUGCAUGAUGGAAUUAUUGUUUUUAAUUUUUUGCUGGGGCUCGUUUUGUUUAACACGAGCUAAUGUGAUGGAGCAACAGACUGCUGACAAUAUAGACAACCGUCCAACUCUAGAAGAUGAAAUGGACAAUCAAGAAAACAUCUUAACACAGCUCAUUGGAGACUAUGAUAAAGUGAAGACUCUGUCAGAGGGCUCAGACUGUCAGUGUAAGUGUGUAGUAAGGCCUCUGAGCAGGAGCGCAUGCAAACGCAUUGAAGAGGGCCAUGCAAAGGCUGAGGACUUCUACACAGUGGAGACAGUCACUGCGGGACCCAGCUGUAAGAAGUGUGCCUGCAUCGCCCCUCCCUCUGCCCUCAACCCCUGUGAGGGAGACUUCAGAUUCAAGAAGCUGCAAGAAGCUGGACGGGAUGAUAUCAAGCUCUCAACCAUAAUGGACCUUCUCGAGGGAGCAUUUUAUGGGAUGGACUUGUUAAAGCUUCACUCUAUCACAACAAAACUUCUGGAACGGGUUGAUAACAUAGAGAAAUCGUUUUCCGGAAACCUGACAAAGGAGAAAGUAAGCGUGAAAGGUGAAAAAGCACAAGGGAAGGGGCCUCGCUCCAACCAACGACAAGAGAAGAAGAAACGUCUCAGCGUGCUGGAGCCCUCACUGCAGAAGAAUGUGGCAGCUGCUUUUGCUCACAGUGAGAGGAAAUAUGAGGAAAAGUUUGUUGGGACUCAGGGCUCCAGCAAACCUGUGCUAAAGAGAAGCAACUCUGAGGGUCAAGAGGAGUCGCAUAAACCUGCAAAGACCAAAGCAGGUCCUAAUGGCAUGACCAUCAAAAGCAUGACCUUCUACAAAGCCAACACAAUGGAGGACAACGAAGGCAAAGAGCAUAUUUCCACAGCAGCGCAUGAGGUUGUGAGUGGUGAUAGCUCGGUGGAUUUAAUAAUUGAAGACCAGCUCCAUAAGCAUGAGCUGCCUGCGACUGUUACAAGACAUGAAACCCCUGCAACAGUGACCCACACACCGUCAGUGAACCUCAACACACAGAAUGGAGACCCUACUGCUGCAAACAUGCCAAAUGUAACAAGGCAUAUUGAAGGAGAAACUGUAAAAGCCAAGAAGUCAAGCCCAAUUACAACAGCAAGGGCAAUUCUGCCAACGUCAAUGCCUUUAACUACCACAAUGUCACCAAGCAUCAAUGCAACAACCAUCGCAACUCCUCUUGCAGUGCCUCAUCUGGCCAGUGAUACAGCACCUACAAAGAGGUCCAAACUUAGCUGGGAUGAAGCUACAACUCAAACAAGCACACAAGCUCCAAAGAAGACCAAAGAACAAGGGAUCUGCAAGGACACAUUAGCAAGCAUCGCUGAUCCUGUUACACACAACUCAUAUGGCAAAAAAGAAGGUGCAUGGAUGAAAGACCCGAAAGGCAAUGGAAAAGUUAUAUAUGUGACCGACUACUACUAUGGAAACCAGCUUCUGGAAUUCCGUGAUAUGGACACUUUUAAACAAGGGCAGUUUAGCAACUCCUACAAACUCCCUUAUAACUGGAUUGGCACUGGCCAUGUGGUCUACGGUGGCUCUUUCUUCUACAACAGAGCCUUUUCUCGUGAUAUAAUCAGGUUUGAUCUUCGUCUCCGGUAUGUAGCAGCCUGGACCACCCUUCAUGAUGCAGUAUUAGAGGAGGAGGAGGCUCCGUGGAGUUGGGGAGGACAUUCAGACAUUGACUUUGGUGUGGAUGAGAGCGGGUUAUGGUUAGUGUACCCAGCUCUGGACGAAGAGGGAUUUCACCAAGAAGUGAUCAUCCUGAGCAAGCUCCGACCCUCUGACUUACAGAAAGAGAAGAACUGGAGGACGGGCCUGAGGAGGAACUUCUAUGGAAACUGCUUCAUCAUCUGCGGCGUUCUGUAUGCCGUCGACAGUUUCGAGCGCACGCAUGCCAAUAUUUCCUAUGCAUUCGACACGCACACACACACCCAGAUGAUUCCCCGCCUCCCUUUUGUAAACAACUACACUUACACCACACAAAUUGACUACAAUCCUAAGGAACGUAUGCUAUAUGCAUGGGACAAUGGUCAUCAGGUGACCUACGAUGUAAUAUUUGCUUAUUAAUGGUAAUUUAAACACUUGAAAACUUUAUUAAUGUACUGCGUGCAGCACUUUCUGUAUAAAAUAGUAAAAUGAUUAUGUGUCUUAGUGGGUUGUAGAUCAGUCUACAUGACAAAUAUUUUUAUGAAUAUUUGAUUAUGCCUUUAAUUUUGUCAUUUUGUCUGAUGCAUGUCUUUUGUAUUUGCUUUUUAGUGAAUGUUUAGUGAUCUUAAAAGGGUAAAAUGGGAUUGAGCUAUUCAUGACAAGGUUCUCACUGCUUAUAUGAAGUGUAAAUGUAUGUUGUAUAUAAUGUAAUUAAAAAUAAACCUUAC